AUGGCUGGCGGUGCCCUGAAAUACCGGCAUCUAGACCGCAAGUCCUCUCACCGCCAAGCCCUCCUCCGCAACCUCGUCACCUCCCUCAUAACCCACGAAUCCAUAAAGACGACCUGGCCCAAAGCCAAAGAAGCGCAGCGACUAGCCGAGAAGCUGAUAACCCUGGGCAAGAAAAACACCAAUGCGAGUCGUGCGAGGGCGGAGAGUAUAUUCUUCGAGCCAUUGAAACAUCUACCUACUCUAUUCACAACUCUUCGACAACGAUAUCUGAAUAGGCCUGGAGGCUACACCCGCGUCCUGCGCAUCGAACCUCUGAACCGCAAUAACGACCAAGCACCCUCCGCGAUCCUCGAACUCGUCGAUGGCCCCCGUGAUAUGCGUUUCGCCAUGACGGCGAAAACUCUGGUGCGGGAAAGAGCGAACGAUGGAGGUAUCCGCGAAAUCACAGCCAGGAAUGUGGCAAAGGUCACGCGGUUCAGGGAGGACGGGGAGGCAGAGCUGGAAAAGACUGUUAGGAGACUAGAGACAAUGAAAGGGUUGGGGAAGGAGGAUGAGGAGGAGGAUGAGGAGGAGGAGAGCGGGGAGAGAGAGCCAUGGGAGCCGUUCCCUAGGAUGAAGCAGAGGGAAAGGGAGAAGGAAGAUGAGGAGAGGCCGUUUACGGAGAGGGAGAAGAUGGAGAAGAAGAGGACGAAGAGGGAUCCAAACACCGGGAGGAGGGUGUCGAGAGGAUGA